CAUUCAGGUGGUGGUACGAGCUGUUAGCGAGCUACACGGUAUGGUUUAGUCAAGGCCAGAAUAACCGUGUAUGACGGUAAGUUUUGUUAAUGCUACCUAGCAGGCAUAUUGAGUCAAAAUGGCGCUGCUGCGAAUGAGGGCGAAUCCACAGGGCGCGAAUGCCACAGAGAUAGAGAAGAAGAUUAAAAGAGGUAAUGCGCUGCGGCAGGGAUCGGCAUGGAGGGGUUCCCGAGGGCUUGUGAUCUUGCUGCUGGUCGUCGUGUCCUUGUGCGGGGCGGCGGUGUGGCUGUACGUGACCUCUCUGGACAGUGACAUCACAGAAACGCUAGUCCGCCAGGGCGAGCUGGUCUCCCCCCGGCCCAGAGUCUCCUCCGUCCAGUGCUCAGAGGACUACGAGAACUACCAACGCUAUCCAGGAUGCACCCCUCAGAAGUGUGGCCGCGCGGUCACAGACGGCGUGGUGACGAGGGAGGAAGCUCAGCUCCUCAGGAGGCUGGCUGAGAGAGGGCUGGCGCUGGCCGGGUCAGAGGGAGGAGCUUCCAUACUGGACCUUCACUCUGGAGCGUUGUCGAUGGGUAAACAGUUUGUCAACAUCUACAGGUAUUUUGGGGACCAGCUCAGUGAUGUGUUCACACAAGAGGAUUUCCAGCUGUACAGAAGUGUACGUGAGCGAAUACAGGCAGUUAUUGCUGAGACCUUUGGUUUGGACCCAAAACUGAUGUACCUCACCAAGCCCACCUUCUUCUCCAGAAUCAACAGCACGAUAGCGAAGACCCAGCACGACGAGUACUGGCACCCACACAUAGAUAAGGUGACUUACGGCUCCUUUGACUACACCUCACUGCUGUACCUGUCUGACUACGGCUCUGACUUCACCGGAGGGAGAUUUAUCUUCAUGGACCCAAAUGGCAACCGGACAGUGGAACCUCGGGCAGGGCGAGUCUCUUUCUUCUCUUCCGGCACGGAGAACCUCCACCGCGUGGAGAAGGUGGCGUGGGGGACACGCUACGCCAUCACCGUGUCCUUCACCUGCGACCCAGCACACGGCAUCUCGGACCCCGCCAUGCCCUGAGGCCCCCACGGGCCACGCCCACUGCUCACUGGCGCGGGAAAAGCCCUGCAGAGAGGGUGACCAGAGGGGAGAGACAAGAAAGGAGGGGAAGGAAGAAGUGAGAUUUUUACUCGUCACAUUGGUGUCCCACAGCUGCACCGCCAAUAUCAUAUGUUAUUUUCCUUCAUUUUCACUUGCUGCCCCGCACGGAUUUUGCUACAGAAAUAAAGCACACACAUUCACUUCUUUCUUACUUUUCUUACUUUGUAACUUUUAUCCAAUUUUCUACUGCGGUUUCUUUUUUAAUACUUUUUUUUUUAUUGCAUAAUAAAUUGCGUAAUUGCUAGAUUUAGUCAUAUGUGUAUAUUAUUUAUACACAUAAUCUGUUUCUUUUGAUCAUAAGGAGGACGGCUCAAGCAGAGAUUUUCUCUCGACUGAUACCGUGUCAGAGGAGCUUAAGUGGGAUUGUGUGUUUUCUGUGUCGUGGUGAGUUUUUCAUUUUGAGGAGUGCUGUCAAUUCCUUGGUGAAUCUCCUUCUGAAUCAACCUUUCAUCACUUAAGUCCCCACUCAUACUCGCCCCCACCUCAUGACCCAGGAGGCGUUUUCUUCUAAGAAGAACCCUCUCCUUGUCCAGGAGUGAUUGCUCUUUCUAGUAUGUUACCAAUUACUUCAGUGUGGUCGGUGAGGACGGUUUGAAAUAAAAUGCUGACGUGAAAA